GAGCAGGCGAGUCCUUCGGCGGCUGGCCCCAGCUGUACAGUACCCUGGACCCGCUUAAAGCAGUAUCGCCCUUGGCGUGCUUAGUUUAUCGCCAGCUAUAUUCCUCCACCACGCCCCAAGAGUUUGGCCUCUGCUCCACAUUCCUCUAUAACUACUGUUGCACUGCUCGCGCACCGAGUACAUGCUGAACUACGCCCGCCAGACUUUGAAGCGAGUUCCGAGUUUUCAGGAAAUACUACAAGGCAAGAUGGGAUCCGCCAAGGAAGAAAUUUCUGUCGAUGUGCUCGUUAUCGGUGCUGGUCCGACCGGUCUCGGAGCAGCAAAGCGCCUGCACCAGAUUGACGGCCCCUCAUGGCUGAUUGUCGACUCCAACGAGACACCUGGUGGUCUAGCUUCGACCGACACCACUCCAGAGGGCUUCCUCUACGACGUCGGUGGCCAUGUCAUCUUCUCCCACUACAAGUACUUCGACGAUUGCAUCGAUGAGGCCCUUCCCAACGACGACGACUGGUUCACCCACGAGCGUGUCUCCUACGUCCGCUGCAAGCGCCAAUGGGUCCCCUACCCAUUCCAGAACAACCUGUCCAUGCUGGACAAGGACGACCAGGCCAAGUGUGUUGACGGCUUGAUCGACGCCGCACUUGAGGCUCGCGUGGCAAACACCAAGCCCAAGGACUUUGACGAAUGGAUCAUGCGUCAGAUGGGUGUUGGUAUUGCCGACCUCUUCAUGAGGCCAUACAACUUCAAGGUCUGGGCUGUUCCCACCACCAAGAUGCAGUGCCAAUGGCUCGGAGAGCGUGUCGCUGCUCCCAACGUCAAGGGCGUCAUCAACAACAUCAUUCACAACAAGACCGCAGGAAACUGGGGUCCCAACGCUACCUUCCGCUUCCCCGCACGAGACGGUACCGGUGGUAUCUGGAAGGCUGUCGCAAAGACACUGCCAGAGUCCAAGACAAAAUACGGCGACCACGCCAAGGUCAACAAGGUCGACGCCGACGGCCACAAGGUACACUUGAACGACGGCACAGUCGUCAACUACAAGAAGCUCGUCAACACUAUGGCUGUUGACGCGCUCGUCGAGGCCAUGGGCGACAAGGAGCUCAUCGACCUCAGCAAGGGUCUCUUCUACUCAAGCACACACGUCAUUGGUGUUGGUCUCCGUGGCGAGCGCCCUGAGCGUAUUGGCGACAAGUGCUGGCUCUACUUCCCCGAGGAUGACUGCCCAUUCUACCGCGCCACCAUCUUCUCCAACUACUCGCCAUACAACCAGCCACAAAAGGACGUCAAGCUUGCCACUCAGCAGCUCGCAGAUGGCUCCAAGCCCAGCUCCACCGAACCCAAGGAGGGUCCAUACUGGUCCAUCAUGUUGGAGGUUUCCGAGUCCAGCAUGAAGCCCGUUGACGAGAAGAACAUGCUCAAGGACUGCAUUCAGGGCCUCAUCAACACCGAGAUGAUCAAGUCCGACGACGAGAUCGUAUCCACCUACCACCGCCGCUUCGACCACGGAUACCCCACACCCUCGCUCGAGCGUGAGGGCGUUCUCACUAAGCUUCUCCCUGCGCUCCAGCAAAAGGACAUUCUGUCGCGUGGCCGCUUCGGCUCAUGGCGAUACGAGGUCGGUAACCAGGACCACUCAUUCAUGUUGGGUGUAGAGGCUGUCGACCACGUUGUCAACGGCGCUGUUGAGCUGACCCUCAACCACCCCGACUUUGUCAACGGCCGUAAGAACGAGGAGCGCCGCCUCAAGGACGGUGCCCAGAUCUUCGCUCAGACUCCCCUUGCUCUGAGGAACAAGGGUGUUGAGUAAGCGCAUACACAUUAGAUGUUCAGCAUGUGCAGUUUCGGAAAUGUUUAUGGGAUACCACGUUAUGUUAUGAGGGACGGGAAGACAUGGAGUUGGCGCAUCAGUGCGGACUCUAGGUAGAGAUAGGUGCAUCGCUUCGCAUCUUGAAUAGAUGUAGAACAAAAAUAUACUUUUAGACUUGCACAU